UGCCAUUUGAAUGUUGAACUAAGAAAUUUGAAUUUUGAAGAGUUAUUAUUAAAUUCUUUGAUGUUGAAACUUGGUAGUAUUGAGGUGUGUCGGACAAAGAAAAUAUUUUAAUUUAGUUUAUAAAAUUCCUAAAUCUAAUAGUUUCAAUAAUAGAAUGAAUAACCAAAAGUGUAAUAGUAAAGAAAACUAUCCACCGAUUGCGGGCCGAUCGACUAGUACUCAGAAACCUGUUGCUGAUGGUUUUAAGAUACCACUUAUUCCUGGUAGCCGACCCCUCCAAAAUAGCCACAAAGCAAAUGAAAAAGAUCAACCGGGAAAAUCGGAAGUGAAAAAUGUAAAGAAAAAGCAUUGGACACUUUCUGACUUCGACAUUGGUAGACCGCUGGGCAAAGGUAAAUUUGGAAAUGUUUAUUUGGCAAGAGAGAAAGAAUCUAAAUAUGUGGUUGCUUUAAAGGUAUUAUUCAAAAGUCAGAUUCUCGAUUCUGAUAUAGAGCAUCAAGUCCGUCGGGAGGUUGAAAUACAAUGUCGCCUGCGACAUCCAAAUAUACUUCGCAUGUAUGGCUACUUCCAUGACGAUAAACGUAUUUAUUUUAUUUUGGAGUAUGCAAAACACGGUGCAUUGUAUAAAACACUAAAGCAAAUGGGACGAUUUGACGAAAAGACUGCCGCAAUUUAUGUGAGAGACUUAACAAGAGCAUUAAUUUACUGUCAUUCAUUAAAAGUUAUACAUCGUGAUAUCAAGCCAGAAAAUUUACUGAUCGGAAAUGAUUGGGAGCUGAAAAUAGCUGACUUUGGCUGGUCUGUGUAUUCUCCCUCAUCAAGACGAAUGACGCUAUGUGGAACAUUAGAUUAUUUAUCACCCGAGAUGUUAGAAGGCAAACCUCACAACUAUGCCGUUGACAUAUGGAGUUUAGGUGUAUUUUGUUAUGAAUUACUUGUUGGUUUACCUCCGUUUGAUGCUAAAAAUAGUCAACAAACAUACAAGAAAAUAAAAUAUGUUAUAAUUAAGUAUCCUGACUACAUAUCUGACAAAGCUAAAGAUUUAAUGGGAAAGUUGCUUGUGAUAAAUCCUGAACAAAGACUGCCUCUCUCCUGUGUAUUAAAGCACCCAUGGAUUAUAGAGAAUGCUCCGGAGGGUGUCAGCAUGCCAGUGUUUAAUACAGAACAAAAUAAAACUGACUAGUUGUUUGAUAACCAAUGUAUUGAGGUGUAGAUUGAGUACUGACAUUUUAUAGUUGAAUGUUUAGAUUAAUUUUUGAGUUAUAUAAUAUUAUGUAGUGGAAAAUAAAAAUUUAAAUUACACUAACAUAAGUCUUAACUUUAGUUUACUAUUUAAUUUAUAACAAUAAGAACCUAUUAACAAUAUGAAGACUGGCAAAAUUUAUGAAAACUUUUCAAUCUGCAUGUAAAAUAAAUUCUUUUAAGUUCUAGACAAUAUUUACUUAAACUUAAGACUUACAUUAUGAAAUUUGAUUGAUUAUCAUUUAAAUUAUGACAAAAUACAUAAUGAUUAUACA